AAUUACUUAACUUAUUUUCAAUAACUAUUCUUCGAUCGUUAAUCAAAUAUUUCAAAUUUAAGUUUUACUGGCACACGUAGUCGCUUAUGUGAUAAAGUUUUCACACAUUUGGUUUAAUAAAUAAGGCAGCCAAUGUCACCAACUCCACAAAGAGCUCCUCUCCCAUCCUUCUUUGACUCCAUAGAAAUACAAGAAUUAAGCAUAUCAGUAGUGUCUUUGGUAAGAAAUAUUACGAUCAUGGCUACUUUAAGGGUACUGAUGUUCCCAUUUUUGGCUUAUGGACACAUCUCUCCAUUUCUAAACGUAGCCAAGAAACUCGCGGACAGAGGAUUCUUGAUUUACCUUUGUUCUUCGCCAAUCAAUCUCAAAUCCAUCAUCAACAAAAUCCCCGAAAAAUAUUCUGAUUCAAUUCAGCUUGUCGAACUUCACUUACCAGAAUCACCCGAACUUCCUCCUCAUUACCAUACGACCAAUGGUCUCCCGCCCCAUCUCAAUCACACCCUUCAAAAAGCCCUGAAAAUGUCCAAACCAAACUUCUUGAAAAUCAUACAAAAUCUGAAACCUGAUUUGGUGAUUUAUGACUUAUUGCAGCAAUGGGCUGAACACAUCGCGAAUGAACAGAACAUUCCAGCAGUUAAGCUCCUAACUUCUGGUGCAACUGUGUUUUCGUAUUUUUACAACUUACUAAAGAAACCAGGGGUUGAAUUCCCUUUCCCUGCUAUUUUUCUCAGGAAAAUUGAGCAAGUAAAAUUGAGUGAAUUGUUGGAGAAAUCUAAUAAAGAGAAAGAACCUGAUGAUGGGGAUGGUCUAGCUGAUGGAAAUAUGCAAAUCAUGUUGAUGAGUACCUCUAGAACUAUAGAAGCCAAAUACAUAGAUUAUUUCACUAAAUUGAGCAACUGGAAAGUUUUUACAGUUGGUCCACCAUUCCAAGAUCCCAUCACUAAUGACGCGGACGACAUGGAGCUCAUAGAUUGGUUAGGAACAAAAGAUGAGAAUUCAACUGUUUUUGUCUCCUUUGGAAGUGAGUAUUUCUUGUCAAAAGAAGAUAGGGAGGAAUUAGCUUUUGGGUUGGAGCUAAGUAAUGUUAAUUUCAUUUGGGUUGUAAGAUUUCCAAAGGGAGAACAGCAAAAUCUUGAAGAUGCUUUGCCAAAAGGUUUUCUCGAAAGAAUUGGAGAAAAUGGAAGAGUUUUGGACAAAUUUGCACCACAACCAAGAAUUCUAAAUCAUCCAAGUACCGGAGGAUUUAUAAGUCAUUGUGGUUGGAAUUCAGUAAUGGAAAGUAUAGAUUUUGGGCUUCCUAUAAUUGCCAUGCCUAUGCAUCUUGAUCAACCUGUGAAUGCUAGGUUGAUCGUAGAAUUGGGAGUCGCAGUGGAAAUUGUUAGAGAUGAUGAUGGAAAAAUUCAUAGAGAAGAAAUUGCGGAAACUCUAAAAGGUGUCAUAAAAGGUAAAACAGGGGAAAAUUUGAGGGAUAAAGUGAGAGAUAUCAGCCAGAAUUUAAAAUCUAUAAGAGAAGAAGAGAUGGAUACUGUUGCUCAAGAGCUAAUUCAACUUUGUAGGAAUAGUAAUUAGAGCAUCUUAUGAUUCAAUUAGCAAAUUAAUAUUGUAUGUGAGGUGUUUUUGAUUGUCUUCAAAAUAUAUUGAGGUUGAAAUAAUGAGAAAAAAAUACGAUGCAACUUAUAAUAACAAAGAUAAACGAUUGAAGAA